AUUGAUGGUUUGUGCAACAAGGAAGCGACUAAAGUGUGAAAAAAGCGUGGGUGUCAGUUUCCUUUUGACACUGGCGUAUGACACAGCAGCUUUUCAAACAGUUUUGUAGUCCAGUUUGAAGGCAAGUGACGAUGACAGCGCAUGAAUUAAUCAGACUCCUCCUCAGUGUUGGACUCCUGUUCAAAGCUUGCUAUUCAGAUGUGAGGUGCAGGAAUGACAGAGGAGAGGCUGUGGACUGGUAUAUCGUCUAUAAGCUGCCCAAAAUGAAUGAUGAUGGGUUGUCGUAUUUGUACAUGGAUGAGAGCACCAAUGGGUGGCACCUCAGCAGGGAGAAAAUUGACAGUACAACUGGCUUUCUAGCAAAGACACUGAAACCUCUACUUGACUUCUAUAACAGAAAGACUGAAGGGUUUGGAUACAUACUCUACAGUGAUCAACCUCCACCUCCCUAUUCUGCUCCUUCAUCAUUCGGUCACAGUAAAGGUGUUGUGAUGCUGGAUCGUAACUUUGGACUUUGGCUUUCACACAGUACACCUAAAUUUCCAACAUAUCAGAGUGCAAAGUUCUGGCCAAGCAGUGGAAACGUAAAUGCUCAAACUUUUUUUUGUAUUACCUUUCCAUACAAGCAAUUUAAAGAAAUAGGAAUGCAGCUAAAGUACAUCCAUGCCUAUUCAUUUGACUCUGCAAUCCCAACAACUUUUUACAAUGAGCUGCAAUGUGUUGCACAAAGAAGCUGCUACCCGAAAAAAGAGCCUUGGUUUAGAGUGACGAGCCUAAGCUCUGCAGAUGGCAGCAUUUUCACCAGUUUUGCAAAAUACAAGCGCUUUGGAGAGGACCUUUACUCUGGGCUAAUAGUAGACCACAUGCCUCAGGAUAUCUAUGUUAAGAGCUGGGGGAAAAUGCGUGACCCUUUGCCCUCCAACUGCAGCUCAAGUCUUCAUCAUCAUGUCCAUAAUGUCAAAGAAGUGCAGCUGCAGGGAACGGAGAAGUUCACCGAUACGGUGGAUCACUCUAAGUGGUGUGUGACUUCAGAUGGUGGCUGGAUAUGCAUCGCUGAUAUGAACAGAGAGGUCAGUCAGAAGGGCAGAGGAGGAGGAGCGAUUUGCACUGAAGAUACAACAGUGGGAACAGCUUUUAAGAAACUGAUCCGAAAAUUUGAAGGAUGUAAAGAAACCCAUCAUGAAAGAGAACUCUAAAACCACAGCAAUCACUAAAAUUAACCCCUGUUACUCACAAUCAAUGCAUGCUUAUUAGCUUGUGUUUUUAUCUAACAUUGGUCAAACAGGCAUAGAAAAAUAUCUACCUGAUGCAUUAAUAUAAAAUCACUAAUUGUAAGUAUUGAGAGGAGGGUUUUGUAUUUUUUGGGGGGUAUUAACAUAGGGAAUGGUGUAGGUGAGGCUUGGAUCUAUGCCCCAUGUGCAACAUUUUUA